AUGAAAGGCGCGAACCUCCUGGAGCAGGGGUACAUCCAUCAAGACUCCUGUCCCAAUGGAGCCUUCGAGGACCAUGAGACAGACUCGUCGCUCUCUGACGAUGACGACGAAAGCGUGAGGGAACCGAGAAGCGGGUUCCAAUGCUGCGCGGACCGACGCUGCACGACGUGGUUCGACUUGCGUAGCUGGUUCGGCUACCUCUCCACCGAUCUACCCAGUGCUGACUUCCAAGCCUGUUUCACAGACGUCGCGCACGGAGGGAUAGGUUUGUUUGAGAAGCUGGUUGUGCUCGGAGGGAAGACGUUGGAGACCUUUGCAGAAAUCCACUUUUAUGAGCAGUGGGCGUCCUCUGCGCGUCCGUAUGUGCCCCGCGAACUGGCGGAAGCGGUCGGAGAGGACGCGCCCCGCCUGUUGUGGGCCCAAAAGCGUGUGGAGAGAACGACAACAGCCCAGGCUCUCUACGCGUUUGGGAAAAGUUACUUGUCGACAGCUCAGGAUCUCCCGACCCGACAAGCAGUUGCGAAAUACGUUAAAGCGUGUGCGGGGUUUGCCUGCCAAAGCACGGACACGGAGAACCUCUACAAGUGGAUGCCGAUUCUCGUCGAGCACGUGUACUGGAUCCAGAGAGUUCGAACGGAAGCAGACACGAACGCGAACAACCUCCUUCAGGAUCUACAGGAGUACCUCGGCUACCGACACGACCAGCUGCUCCCAAGAAUUCGGGAAUGUCUGCGAAACAGGCUUGUGCCUCAAAGAUCGGAUACACCCACGGGGAAAGAGUUGAUUCGCCUCUACGCGGCAGACUACUUUGGUGUUUUAGCUCAGGAGGGCGGCAUCGAGAAAAAGAGCCAAGCAGUUUGGAUCGACGAGGAACUUGACAUGUUCAUGGAGGGACCGGCCAUUCCGCUCUUCUCCGUCCUCGUCAUGUCCCUGCAGCCUUUUUUGAUGACCAACGACUCUCAAGAACUCCCAGCUGCCGACACCUUCGUCGCCACAUUCUACUCCCUCGUCGCCGCGUGCUGGGUCUUGUCCACGGAGGACCGCGUCAAGAUUUGGAUGCCCGCCCUCAUUCAACGCCUUCGACAGAUCCAGUUGCUGGCGCAGCUGUCGAACUUUGAAGGGAAUGUGUACACGCGGGCGAUGCGUCGCCGGCGGCUGGCUUCUCAGCCCGUUGACCUCGCUCAGGCUGCCGGAGCGAACAACGGGGCGCGAGAUCUCUUUCGACUGUGGAGUGUUGACCACAAGCGAAGGCCCGCGGGGGAGCCAGCUGAGGAUAACAACAGCCCUCGGCUGCUGCAGCUCGGCGGUCCGAAGGCGGCGGAGCGCACGGGCGGUCCUCUCAGUUCAGUUUGGUCUGCAGUGCGCGGCCUCGGAGGACGUGCCGCAGAGAGCGCGGACGCCGCCAAGAGCCGCCCGUGUCUCGAACAGACUCUGCCUUCCGACAAAACCCUGUUUUUGACAGACGUCGCUCCGGCCGCAGGCGAAGGAAAAGCUUCCCAGACUCUCGUCCUGCUCCCGUUCGCGCGCGUCGUUCCUCCCCCUCGCCGGCGGCCGGCUCCCGGGCCCCAGCAAGAGGCUCCAGCUGCCGCGCCGAGCCAGUGCUACCUGUUCAGCUGCGGGUCGUCGGCGCCUCCGUGCGUGCCUCCCGCACCGACGUCGUUCGCGUGGAGCAGUCCGUGUCGAGCGUCGGCGUCGAACGGAGAGCUGCUGUCUUCCGUGGGAGCGUCGAGCGCCGCGCUGAACCGUCGGCAGGAGUCUGUGGAGUCUUCGCAGCUCGGCUCCUUCUGCGCGUCGGAAGGUCCGGACCGUAGGGCUGUGCGCGAGCGGAAGAAGCCCACGACGGUGAAGAUCUGCCUGGACGAAGCAGGGUCGGGGCAGCCGGCGGUCCUCCGGGCGUUUUCGGGUGUCAGCGCGAGUGCGCUGUCCGCUGGCGACGUGCACCGCGAGAGGAGCAGAGAAAAACGAGAAGACGGGAGAGAAAGUGAGGUCCGCGAACCCGACGCGCGCGCGAUUCUGGUCGGGGAAAACAUGAAACCCGUGUGCCUGAACUUUUCCAAGGACGCGAGUGAGGCCAGGGUGUACGUGACCGACCUUGACGAGGACGAGAAGGCCGCGCUGGGCGUCGCAUCGGAGGCAAGCCCCGAGAAAAAAACUCCCGACCGGAGUCUCGUCGAUCCGCGUCUCCAGUGCCAACAAAUGCAACUCGAACUGCAACAGAUGCAACUCGAGCAACUCCAGCUCCAGCAAGAAAUCCAGCGAGAGGCGCUCCUCCAGGCGCGGCCUGUGCCCCUCUUCGCGCCUCCCGCCUCUCCCGCGCCAAGAAGCGAGAGGACCAUCCCCUGUCAGGUGCCGAUCUCCGUUCGCGUGGAACUCCCCGCCGACGCGCUCAAAAAGGCCCUGGGACCAGACCCAGAUCGGGCAAGCGAGCUAGGAACUGACCGGCCCAGUCGCCAGGUGUCUGGGUCUCUGUUGAUCACUCCGCAGCCAGGCGGCGACCGCAGACUCGCGCCUCCCAUGCCGUUCUGUGGAGGCGCAAAGCCGUUCCAGAUGGCUCCGCGGCCACUGCCUGGCUCGGCGGCUGGCUCGGCGCCGUCCAAGCCGCUGCCAAAACCGGUGGGGAUUCUCGCGUACGCGAUGCCCAGACCCGCGCCCGCCCCGGUCAGGUACGACGGCGCACGCUUCGCCUUCCUCCCGAUGGCGCAGCCAGCGCACAUCGCUCCCCCGAAGCCUGCAGCGCCUUAUCCCCUCGAGGUGACCUUGCAAGUCCCAAACCUCCUCUGCCAGCAGCGCACGAGCACUGACCGACAGCGCGGCUGCAACUGGAACGCCUGCCUCCCAGAGCCUCUGGGAGGGAAAGAGGAUUCUGCGUGGUCCUGCUGGCCGGAGCAGGCGCGACUCUCCAGCAACGAGAGCCGCGUCGGGAACUCCGCACUCUUCUGCGCAGACAAGGCUCCUGGUGGGGACUUGAAGCGACAGUUUGGACCCGCGCCGCCCCAGGGACUCGUUCCUCCGCCCCCGUCGGCACAAGCCCGCGUCCGAGACGGUCCAGUCUUCAACCGCCAGCGCACAAACAAGUUGUAA